UUUCGUCUAGUAAACAUGGACGCAUACAGGGCAUUAAAACUUAAAUACACGCUGGUCCACACAUCAUAUAGUGACUUUAAACUGGAGAAGUUUGAACCUGCGGCACCAGCAACAGCCGACAUUCUUGAGAAUGAGUUUCUACGAGGAUACAUGACAGGGUUCACCCCCCUCCCAGAGCUACAGUCUGAACCUCUGGAUCUCAGUUUAAAGAUUAAGUCGGAGUAUCAGCUUCCGCAAUCCUUCUUCUCUCCGUCAGGGUCAACCUACUCCGAGACCUCCUGCUACUCCCCUGCUUCAUCCUUCUCCUCCUCCUCCUCUCCUCCUGUAUCUCCUGCCUCCUCCUUCUGCUCCGACAUCUCAAUCCCUGAGAUUGAUGUUAAGAUAUUCAACACAACUCCUUCAAAGUAUCAAUGUGCAGAAUGUGGAAAAUAUUUUGCUUCAAGUUCCAACUUGUCACGACACAAACAAACCCAUAAAGCUCUAACACCUGAAAAUGCUAAAUCUUGUCAUAUUUGUAACAAGAAGUAUGUCAGCACUCCUGCUCUUUCAAUGCAUAUUCUAACCCACAACCUCUCACAUAAAUGUGAUAUUUGUGGAAAAGGAUUCUCCAGACCCUGGCUUCUACAAGGACACAUGAGAAGUCACACCGGAGACAAACCUUUUGGAUGUGCUCAAUGCGGGAAACGGUUUGCAGACAGAUCCAACUUGAGAGCACAUAUGAAGACCCACAAAUAGAAUCCUAUUACUAAUGUAUUAAAAAGAAGAAACCAAAAAUCAGCAUUCAGUGUCAAUAUUUAGUCAAAUAUGGAAUUAU